AAGUCUGAGGAGCAGAAUCUUAUUAUUUUGAAUACAAGGAUUCUUAAGAUAAUACUGUAUAUCCCACAGAUAGGAUACCAACGAGGAAUUGAUGGAAUGGCUAUAGUCACCUUUAUCGAACUAUUUAAACUCCAUCCUUCUCCUAUAUUUCUAUAACUUUGCACCGUUCUCUUCCCAUCUCUCUUACUUUCACUCUUUACACUGCCAAUGUCUCAAGUCCUCGUAGAUUCACCAAAACAUUGUGCCAAAAAAGGAUUCAAAGUAAACAAAUUUAUUAACAGAAAAAUCUUGUAUGUUUUCUCAACUUUCUUCUCGACUAUUAUCUUUUUAAUUUUUCUCAUUUGGUUAACCUUACAUCCAUCAAAACCUGAGUUUUUCCUUAAGCAAGCUGAUAUCUAUCAACUUAAUCUUUCAACUCCUCAUCUUCUAAACUCUUCCAUACAGAUUACUCUAGUUUCAAAAAAUCCUAAUACAAAAGUAGGUGUUUUCUAUGAUCAACUUCAAGUUUAUGCCUCAUAUAAAGGACAACAAAUUACUGUUGAUGAAUAUUUGCCACCAUUUUAUCAAGGUCAUGAAGAUAGCAAUAUUUUAAGUGCUUCAUUGAUGGGUAUUAGUCUGUCUGUGUCGCCUUCUUUCGGUUAUGAAGUUAACCGUGAUCAAACUAUUGGUAAGUUGGUUUUCAGUUUAAAGAUUAAUGGAAGAUUAAGGUGGAAAAUUGGAGCAUGGAUUUCAAGUCCGUACCGGUUUAUCGUUAAUUGUGUUACGAUUCAGGCUUUCGGACCCAAUAAUGCCGUCGGUUCAGGUCCUGUUAGUGCUAACCAAGGUAGUCAAUGUUCUACAACUGUUUAAGAGAAAACACAUAUUAUGUCUUAAGUUAGUUAAAAGGGUAUGUCAUAAUUAAGUUUAUUGUAUUUUAUCUCUUCAGAUUUUGUGUUUAUGAUCUUUUUUAAGUAACAGUUUUGCAAAGUUGUAGUAACUAGUAUAGACUGAUUGAUAAGUGAUUAACUAUAUACUAUAUUUACUAAGACCUGAGUUAAUGCGUGCGUAUUUAUAUAUCUUUAUGUACAUGAUACUUUCUCCAGUAUCUAUCCAAUGUUUCAUGAUAAAGACUAAGGU